GGAGCUUGGAUUGUCUGUAACUUGAAAGGCUUGUAGUAGAGACGACGUGGGAAAGAAAAGUGGAAGAUGCGUUGUGCGUUUAACAAUGCAAGCUUAAUAUAACAAUGCAUGCUUUGCAUGAAGAAUGUAACCUUUUACAGCACGUGUUGCCAAUGUGAUUAAUUUCGCGUUCUCACGUUGAUGCAGUUUUUUCAACAGUGAAGUCUUUUUCGGUUAGACUGUAGCUUUAGUUCUGUUGAGCUGUUAACUGCCUACCUGGUGUAGUGUUGGGACUGACAGCGGCUGGCAGGCACGCGUCAAGUUCUUUAGAGACUGACGACACACUGUUUCCUCGAGGAAGAGUAGGGAACCGGGAAGCUCGGACAAGGUGGGGCCAAACCAAGGCCAGCAAACGUUUGUUUAAACAUUCACGUUGCUUCAAAGUGAACAGCUAACCGGGAUCCCAGAGAGCCACACCAAAAUAAUCUAAUACCAACUGUACCCAUUAGAAUUUGGGAAGCCUUUUCUUGUAAACCCGCUGACCAUGCUUCUGGAUUUGUCUUAUGGGGUUUGCCUGUGGUUUACACCAUUCUAACGACAGUUAGUAUAGACGUAUCGUGUGUUUUUAUUUACGGUUUCUGGCAAAUUUUCCCAACUAAGUCGGACUAUGGCGGACGACGACAUUCUCUUUGAAGACGUCUACGAGCUGUGCGAGGUCAUUGGGAAGGGUCCCUUCAGUGUGGUGAGGAGAUGCACCAACAGAGAGACAGGGCAGCAGUUUGCUGUGAAGAUUGUUGAUGUGGCCCAGUUCACAUCCAGCCCAGGACUCAGCACAGAAGACCUGAAGAGAGAAGCCAGUAUCUACCACAUGCUGAAACACCCUCACAUUGUGGAGUUGCUGGAAACCUACAGCUCAGAGGGCAUGCUCUACAUGGUGUUUGAGUUUAUGGAUGGAGCAGAUCUGUGUUUUGAAAUAGUGAAAAGGGCAGAUGCUGGCUUUGUCUACAGUGAAGCAGUGGCCAGUCACUACAUGAGACAGAUUUUGGAGGCGCUACGCUAUUGCCAUGAUAACAACGUGAUCCAUCGAGACGUCAAGCCUCACUGUGUGUUAUUGGCCUCCAAGGAGAAUUCCUCUCCAGUCCAGCUGGGAGGGUUUGGAGUGGCCAUCCAGCUGGGUGAAUCCGGGCUUGUGGCCGGAGGUCGAGUGGGCACACCUCACUUCAUGGCACCGGAGGUGGUGAAGCGUGAGCCGUACGGGAAGCCGGUGGACGUGUGGGGCUGCGGGGUGAUCCUGUUCAUCCUGCUGUCCGGCGGCCUGCCCUUCUACGGCACCAGGGACCGGCUGUUUGAGGCCAUCUGCAAAGGCAAAUACAAGGUAAUGAAUCCUCGCCAGUGGAACCACAUCUCCGAGAGUGCCAAGGACCUGGUGAGACGCAUGCUGAUGCUGGACCCUACUGAGAGGAUCACCGUCUACGAGGCCCUCAACCACCCCUGGCUCAAGGAGAGAGAGCGGUACGCCUACAAGAUCCACCUGCAGGAGACGGUGGAACAACAGAGGAAGUUCAACGCCCGGAGGAAGCUGAAGGGGGCAGUGCUAGCAGCAGUCUCCAGUCACAAGUUCAACUGUUUUUAUGGAGACCCUCCCGAGGAACUCCCUGACUUCUCUGAAGACUCAACCUCCUCAGGGGCUGUGUCUCAGGUGUUGGACAGUUUAGAAGAGAUCCAUGCUCUGACGGACUGCAAUGAGAAGGAUCUAGACUUUCUACAUGGGGUUUUCCAGGACCAGCACCUUCACACACUUCUGGACCUCUAUGAUAAGAUAAGCACCAAGUCCUCUCCAUACAUCAGAACCCCUCACAGUGAUGCUGUCCACAGAGCCAGAGAGAGCCCCUCCCAAGACAAAGAAAGUGGCUCUUUGAGGCAGCUGGAAAAUGUACUGCAGGAGAUCUCCUGUUACCCUGACAACCUCGACGCCAAGGAGCUCCGAAGGAUACUGACUCAGCCGCAUUUCAUGGCCUUGCUGCAGACUCACGACGUAGUGGCCCACGAGGUGUACAGUGAUGAUGCCCUGAGGGCCGGCUCCCCGUACCUGAACGGAGAGUCACCGGAGAGCACGGAUGGAGACCUGGAGAACGUCACGCGCGUGCGCCUGGUCCAGUUCCAAAAGAACACGGAUGAACCCAUGGGUAUCACACUGAAGAUGAAUGAUCUGAACCACUGCAUUGUGGCCAGGAUCAUGCAUGGAGGAAUGAUCCACAGACAAGGAACGCUGCAUGUGGGGGAUGAGAUCAGGGAGAUCAGUGGCAUCAGUGUGGCCAACCAGACCGUGGAACAGCUCCAGAAGAUGCUGAAGGAAAUGAGGGGCAGCAUCACCUUUAAGAUAGUGCCCAGCUACAGGACACAGGGUUCUCUGUGUGAGAGAGAUUCCCCCUCCACCCCGUCUCCUGCCAACGGUCACUCCAGCAUUAACAGUUCCAUCUUGGACCUGCCGUCCACCAUCCAAACCAAGAGUCGACAGAUCUAUGUGCGAGCCCAGUUCGAGUAUGACCCUUCCCGAGAUGACCUCAUCCCCUGUAAGGAGGCAGGGAUUCGUUUCGGGGUCGGCGACAUCAUCCAGAUCAUCUCCAAGGACGACCACAACUGGUGGCAGGGCCAGCUGGAGAGCAGGAGCAGCUGCCCCGCGGGCCUCGUGCCCUCACCGGAGCUCCAGGAGUGGCGCGUGGCGUGCUGUGCGAUGGAGAAAACCAAGCAGCAGACCAACUGUACCUGGUUUGGUAAAAAGAAGAAGCAGUACAAAGACAAGUACCUGGCGAAACACAAUGCAGUAUUUGAUCAACUAGACCUCGUCACAUAUGAAGAGGUUGUCAAACUUCCAGCAUUCAAAAGGAAAACACUGGUUCUGUUAGGAGCCCACGGCGUAGGACGAAGGCACAUCAAGAACACGCUCAUCACCAAACACUCAGACAGAUUCGCCUACCCAAUCCCACACACCACCAGGCCUCCUAAGAAGGACGAAGAGAACGGGCAGAACUAUUACUUUGCGUCCCACGAGCAGAUGAUGCUGGACAUUAGUAAUAAUGAGUACCUGGAGUACGGCAGCCACGAGGACGCCAUGUACGGAACACGGCUGGAGACCAUCCGCGACAUCCACCAGCAGGGACGCAUCGCUAUCCUGGACGUAGAGCCUCAGGCCCUGAAAGUGCUGCGGACUGCAGAGUUUGCUCCAUAUGUUGUUUUUAUCGCUGCACCGACCAUCACCCCUGGAAUCAACGAGGAUGAGUCUCUCCAGCGUCUGCAGAAGGAAUCCGAGAUCCUCCAGAAGAUGUACGCUCACUGCUUUGACCAGACCAUCAUCAACAACCAAAUCGAUGAGACACUCCAGCACCUGGAGGAGGCGGUGGAAGAAGUAUGCUCCAGCGCUCAGUGGGUGCCGAUCUCCUGGGUUUAUUAGCACUCAUCUCCUGGGUCUACUAGGACUCAUCCCUCAUCUCCUGGGUCUAUUAGGACUCAUCCCCCUCAUCUCUUGGGUCUACUAGGACUCAUCCCCCGGGUCUAUUAGGACUCACCCCCCUCAUCUCCUGGGUCUAUUAGGACUCAUCCCCCUCAUCUCUUGGGUCUACUAGGACUCAUCCCCCGGGUCUAUUAGGACUCACCCCCCUCAUCUCCUGGGUCUACUAGGACUCACCCCCCUCAUCUCCUGGGUCUACUAGGACUCAUCCCCCUCAUCUCUUGGGUCUACUAGGACUCAUCCCCCUCAUCUCCUGGGUCUACUGGGACUCACCCCCCUGAACUAUUGGGUAUAUUAGGACUCAUCCCCCUCAUCUCCUGGGUCUAUUAGGACUCACCCCCCUCAUCUCCUGGGUCUACUAGGACUCAUCCCCCUCAUCUCCUACAUCUGUAGAUCUUCUUCCCUACUUCUUACAUUCCAUGUUCUUUAUUCUAUCUGAUCAUCUAAUUUCUUGGAACAGAAAACCAUUCCUAAAACCAAUGAGAACCCUCUUGAGCCUUCAACAUCCAGACCCUCCGUGUUUCUGCACAUGACACGUAGUGGUUCAGCACAAGCUUCGGCAACCAAUCAGAUUUGCUCUUACAGACCAUAACGUUGUAGUGUUGUAUAAACCUAAACAAACUAAUGCAUAUUGUUAUGUCUACGAUAGCUCGGAGGCAAAACAUUGUAGACGAGAAGAUGUUUUGAAGGGACAGUGCUGUUCCUCCUCCCAUGUUGGUGUUGUAGCUCUCUAGACACGGUUAGUGGAGAGCCCCUCAACAGACGAGGAACACAUCUAUCGAUUUACCAUUCUGUCUUGUAUUCAUCCUUCAUUAAGUCCAUUACAAACAUGUACUGUAGCCUCUGCAGUAUUUGCUUUUGUGUUUAUCUCCUUAUAAACAGUGGGUGUAGCUAUAAAGAACUGCUAUUGUAGAGACAUCUGUUAGAGGUACUGUCUCUUCUAAAUUAAUCUAUAAAGAUUUUUGAGAUGGAAGGUUACGCCCUGGAGGACAUUCAGCUUGUAGACAGGGCUCCCUGUCCUCCUGUAAUCUCCCUGGAAGAAGAAACAACAUUCCACUCUGGACGAUUCAACUCAAACCAAAAGGAGAGAGAGAACAUUGACGCAUGCCUGCAUUCUGGAGAUUCUAGAAAGAAACUGAUUUUUCAGUGGACUAGAUUGUGAUGAGGUGUUUGUUUUGGAUUUGUGGUUCAAACAGCUCUGCCUUUUCACAUAUGUUGUCAAAGAGUAUUCAUGUUUUAAUUCAGUCAAAGAAAGAUAAAUGAUGAUUUUUAUUCUUGAGUUGUGUUCCUGAUUGAAAAUGCUGAACAUAUACAAAGUGAGGUAGCAGGUGGUGUGUCUGAAUAACCCUGUAUCUGAUACAACUGACUGGCCCGUGUACAUUCAUGUCUUGGAAUAAUGAAAGUUCUUAAGUAGAUGAAUAAUUUUUUAUUACAUUUCCUUUUGUGUUGAAAGAUGAA